UCCAUACACAGACAAACACCAACCAAUUGUGUGUAUACACAGAUUUUUUUCUUACUCAUCACCAGCCUUCUCCGCGAGCUCUGCUUCCAUUCUUCCUGUGCACUACUCUCCAAAUCCCACGCCAUGGAAUGCCUCUCUUGGGUAAACCCUAUUUCCCGAACUCCUCUUCUCAGACCUCCUCGUACCCACCAGAUUCCUCCAAAGAGGGACCGAUUCCUCGUCUUCAGCCCCUCUCGUUGCCAAAAGAUGUACGUCCCCGGCUUCAGUGAGGCCUCACCGGAGGCCAAGGCUGCCAAGAACCUUCAGGACUUCUUCACCUUCGUCGCUGUGAAGAUUGUUCUUGCUCAGCUUGAGAGUUAUAAUCCAGAGGCGUACGAGGAGUUGAUGGAGUUUAUUAGCCGGAAUUCAUUGAACGAUGGCGACAAGUUCUGCAGGACGUUGAUGCGUGAGUCUCCGCGGCAUAAAGGUUUAGCUCUGCGCAUUUUAGAGGUUCGAUCCGCAUAUUCUAAAAGAGAUUUUGAGUGGGAUAAUUUACAGAAGUUGGCUUUUAAGAUGGUUGACGAUUCUAACACAAGACUUAUGAGAGACUAUGUACUCGAAACUAGUCACCUGGAAAACGAAAAGUAACAACUGCCAUUCUGCAUGGCGUUGGCCACUAUAUAUUCGCUAAGGUCUACUAUGAACUUCAAUUGCAGCAUUCUUACUUUCAGAUGCACCAAGAUAUAUAUAUUAGUGAGUGUUUGCGACCCUGUUGAAAUAGAUGUAUAUAAAUUUUUCCCCUUGCAAUGUACAUAAAAAUGAGUUAAAAGUGAAUGUUAUACCUGCAAAUCUAAUAGAUUGUGUCCGAAAAUGUGUAUUUACUUACUAGUGAUGUGAAUGUUAAAAGUACCAUCUGACUUUUGCUGACCAACUUUUCCCUAUGUAAGUUUUAAGAAAUUGAUGCUCAAGGAAAUUGUUAUACGAUUUGUAUUAUUGCAGUA